CGGUCUAUUAAACCUCGAGGGUUUAACGUGAUUUAAGUAGACGAUAGUACCAGCGAUAUGUUAUUCAGAGGCAAAUGUUAUCGUGGCCGAAGCGUAUCUACUAUCUUACAUUUGAAUUUCUGACAAACAUUUUCACUCUAGUUGUAUAGUCGAUAAUUAUUCGUAGAUUUUCGUGUUGAAGUUCUUGGUGCUAAUGAAUAUUUAAUUAUUCAAUCGAUCACAUGUUACCGAAUGAACAUAUAAAUCAGUAAUUCGUUUCGUUCUUUUUUCUGUUCUAUCCGAAUAUUUCUAUUAAAGAUAUAUAUGGCAUACGAUACCAUGGAAAAGGUGCCUAACUGGAGCUUUGUCCGGAGAACCAAAAAAGCCGAUAGUCGCAACGGAAAUACCGGGACCUCAAUCACGUAAUUUGUUACGGGACCUCAAUAUGAUACAACAAGCAUCUUCCGUACAAUUCUUUGCGGAUUACGAAAAAUCAACGGGUAACUACAUAAUGGAUGUAGAUGGAAACGCUCUGCUCGAUGUGUAUAUGCAAAUUUCAUCGAUGCCUUUAGGCUACAACCAUCCGGCUAUGUUAAGAGCCCUUGCUGAUCCUCUUAAUCAGAAAAUAAUAGCCAACCGACCAGCAUUGGGUGUCUUCCCCGGAAAAGAGUGGCCUAGUAGAUUAAAAAGAAUUAUGCUUCAGAAAGGGGUUGCUCCUCCAGGAAUGUCUCAUAUCACAACUAUGAUGUGUGGCUCCUGUUCGAACGAAAAUGCUUUUAAAAACAUUUUUAUUUGGUACGCCGAAAAACAAAGAGAAGGUGUUCCGUUCACGAAAGAAGAAAUCGAAAGUUGCAUGAUGAAUCAGGUUCCUGGUGCACCACGAUAUUCGAUACUUUCGUUCAAAGGUGCUUUUCACGGAAGAACAUUGGGAACCCUUUCAACGACGCAUAGUAAAUAUAUUCAUAAAAUAGAUAUUCCGGCGUUUGAUUGGCCUAUUGCCACGUUCCCCGUAUACAAGUAUCCGUUGGAUGAACAUCUUAAAGAAAAUCAACAAGAAGAUCAACGUUGCUUAGCCGAAGUUGAAGAAUUAUUCGAGAAGUAUAAAAAUGAAAAGAAAAUUCCUGUCGCUGGUGUAAUAGUGGAGCCAAUUCAAUCGGAAGGAGGUGAUAAUCAUGCCUCCCCAGAAUUUUUCCAACAAUUACAACGUAUAACAAAAAAAUAUGGAGCAGCGUUACUAAUCGACGAAGUUCAAACAGGAGGUGGUCCAACAGGAAAAAUGUGGUGCCACGAGCAUUUCAAUUUAGAAUCUCCGCCAGACGUAGUAACUUUCAGUAAAAAAAUGCAGCUGGGUGGUUACUACCAUGUCGAAGCUUUAAAGCCCAAACAACCUUUCCGGGUAUUUAAUACCUGGAUGGGAGAUCCUAGUAAAGUAAUACUACUGGAAGCAGUUAUGGAAACGAUAAAGAAUGAAAAUCUUUUGGACAGAGUCGUACGAGUUGGCGAUUACACGUUGAAGCAACUCUUAAGUUUACAAAAAGAAUUUUCUACUAUAAUCAAUUCGACUCGUGGUCGAGGUACAUUUAUCGCAUUUAAUUGCGCUACGCCCGAAAUACGAGACAGAGUAAUUAAGGAUCUGUUAGCCAAAGGUAUUCAAACCGGUGGUUGUGGCUCUACAGCGAUAAGAUUAAGGCCUGCCUUAACAUUUACAGAAAAUCACGCGGAUGUAUUUUUAGACAAUCUUCGAUCAGUCUUAAAGAAGUAAUUAUAUAUCCAUAUAUAUAACUUCUAAAUUACAUGGCCAGUGAUAUUAAAAAUCGAAGUCUUCCAUUAAAAUAAUGAAUAUGGUGAGGUAUAUUAAAAUAAUCGUUAAAAUAGUUGGUGCAUUAUUUUUGUAUAUCAAUCUUAUCGUCUUAUAAAAUACGUCUAUGUACGUAACAGUUAAAGUAUAAAUGCUAUUUUUAUUUCACUAAGAUAUUCAUCAUUUUUUGUAUAGAAUUCAAUUUAAAGAUCAUAGGAAACUAAUAAUUUGACGUAAUAAUUUACAAGAUAUACACAAAAAUUAUAUAUAGUUUGUAUUUUUUUAUGUAUAUAAAAUAUUUGUUGAAAAUUAAGAAACACUGACUGUAUUUACAAUCCAUUUGUCUGUAAAGAGAGCAGUUACUAAAUGCCCCCUACACCAUGUGUUGAAGUUUUAUAUUUACUUCCUUUGCAUUAGUAUAUAUGAAAUUGUAAUCUUAAUUCAUUUGACGCUGUAUUCUGAUCAAAUGUUUAUUUCAUCAUUUUCUUUAAAAUAUCCGCGAAAUGUUCAUAUUCCUUAUGAUGACUCUUUUGUACCAUAUAGGCAAUUGUUUUCAUCUAUAAAGAAAAACAAAUUUUAUUGUACGGAUAAACUGUUUUUCUAAUAAAAAUUCUGUUACUUUUUUACCUUAACUUUUGAAUCAAUGAAAUUAUAACGUUGAGACAAAUUCCACAAAUUCACAGCCAUGUGUGCUAAUGAUGGAUCACGUAAAUCAGCUCUAAUAACAAAACAAUUAAAAAGCUCAAGUGCAAGGUUUGCUUGUUUCUCAAGCUGAUCAGUAGUCCCAAGAUACUUUAAAUGAGACAAAAUCUCUUCUACGAGUUUUGAACAUAUUUUGUUGACUUCACUUAUAAAUUUUUUGUCAGAUCCAUACAAUUUAUCAUUAGAAUCAACCUAUAUGCGGAAAGAACAUUAUAAAAUGUGAAUGCCUUAUGUUUUACUUCAUAUUUUAAAUACCUUAUCAACGUGGUAUGGAUAAUUCUCCUGAGUUACUGCUGACAAUAAAUCAAGCACGCGUAAAUACAAAUAUGACUUUGUCGAUACAUUUUCCUCGAAACAACGUUGAACAGCAUUCAGCAAACCGCGCAUCAAAUAUAAAACACCAUAUUCUGGACUAUCCUAAUGAAAUUGUCAUAAUUUUUAUUCUGUUUUCUUUUUCAAUUACAUAUUUGUUCAAAGUUCUUUGUAAAAAUUUAAUGGAAGUACAUACCGGAACUACUAACAACGUUGAUAAAAAAUUGGAUAAAUAUGAUAGUAAAUAUGGUUGUGAGUUUUUCUGUCUUCCAUCUAUAUCUAUUGUUUUUGGCAUGUCAGGAACCAGGCUUAAAGCAGCUUUAAAACAUGCAUCGGCUAAGAAAAUAUUAUUUCUUUAAUAAUACUUAUAAAUCAAAUGAUUUGUAUAGGCAAAUUAAAAUGUUUACCUUGACCUAAGCAUUGAUUUAAAAGUGCCACUUGACCCGACAAUAGAUAUAACUGUAGGCGUGUACGAACUAAUGUCAACGACGGAAUAGUAAUAAAACAAAAUGCAGCACAGGCACGUACAAAUGCUGAUGUUCUUCUUGUAUGAUGUCCCCGAACAAUUUUUCGAGUGUCAACCGAUAAUCUAUUUACACACUACACGCAAAAAGAUUAAGAUUCCUUGAUAAAAUAUUUCGUAUUAUAAUUAAAUUAUUAUGUAAUAAUGACUAACCUGUACAAGUUGUACAUGUACACUAUCGAGAUUGGGAAAAGCAGCUCUAGCUUCUGCGUAAAAAUUAAGCUGUUUCUCAAAAUCACGAUCAUAAUCGACACGUUGCACUAAGCUACAAAUAAGUUGACCAAUUUGUCGUUUCUCAUCUUCAACGGUUAAAGCACUGAAAUUAUUAAAUAAUUAUUAAAUAAUAGAUACAUAUUCAUUAAAUAAAAAAAUUGUAUAUACCUCACAGAGUCGUGCAUUAUUCUAGCGACAAACAUGAGAGCAUUUAUAACAAUGGGAUCGGUAAUAGAACUACUUUGAGCACUUAAACCUUCUAUAAUUGUUUUACAAACUUCAACCUUAAUAGCUUCCUUGUGGAACAAAUCGAUGAAGGGUAAGAAAUUAUCCUGAAAAAUUGAACCCAGAAUAUUGUGUAUACAUAUUUUAUAUAUAUUAAAGUAGUAAAUAAUAAAUAGAUAAUAAUUACUAUAGCAAAUAGAGACUCAAAAUCUUGUGUAUGUGCAAUCACUUUUUCAAUAAUGUUUUGCAACUGUGGAUAAUGAUGCUCAAAGUUUUUGUUUGGAUUAAGUCGAUCAAUUAUUUUUCCAAAAAACAAAUUCAACUCAUUUACCUGUAACGAA